CUUAGUUAACACCUGAUCUUCUCAACACAACACUUCAACACAGUUUUUGACUUCAUUCCCCCCAACAACACAGUGCCAUUAUAGAUCCAACACCCCUAAUUAAAUAAUUACACGAUCAUGCCUAGAUUCCCACAGGCAAAACCUCCCAAUUAAUCUCAAUGGAAAGUCAGCACCAUUUCAUCCAGACUCCUAAACCCAAUUAGAGCGCGUGGAAUAGGGUCAAGAAGAACAUAGUGAUACGUCAGGAUCACGGGCAUGAGGAGCUUAGAAUAACCAAUUUUUUCCAUCGUCUUCACGUUUCAUUUUUCUCCCUAUUACCCUCUUCAAACUGGCCCAUUGGACCAUGAUGGACUCCCCACACCUGCCUCAGUUGGCAUCAGUCGCUGAGAAAACGCUCACGUCAAAAUGCAAGCCCGGAUCAAUGGCGUACUGUCCAACAAUGGACCUGGUCGCGGUGACUAGCGUGGAUGAACGAGUGGAUGUUUUCAGGCUGAAUGGGCAGCGGGUGUUUGGGGGUGUUUAUGGUGAGGGUGGACGUGGCCGUGGUGGAGGCGAAGUACGAAGGAUCAAGUGGAAGGGCAGCGGUCAUCUCCUCGCCGUCGUCUGUUCUGACAACAUCAUCCGCAUCUUAAGUGCGUAUAGCGGCAAGACCGUACAUCAAUUACCAUGUGGUCCCUCAGCGGCAUCUUUUUCAACUGCGUCCGCACCGACAUCUUCUCCCACAUUUCCAGCGGGCCCCGCCCUAUCGGUUUCUUGCCUUGGCUGGGGAAUGAACUUUACCGAUGGCAAGAGCGCAUUGAAAAGCCUUCAGGAUGCGGAAGGAAGGCUUACCGUUGAUGAUCUUCUAUCGACGGAAAUGCAGUUGUCGAAAAUCGCGCAGUUGAAGGCGGAUUUGCCGCGCGAGCUGGCUAUGCUAGAUAUGGAACGGUCUUUGCCUAAAUUGAGCACGUUGCCGUCUACGGGGAAUGACGACGAUGUCUUUGGGUCUCGAGCAUCGAUUGAUUCCAUCUUUCAUGCAACCAAUAAAAACACAGGUGACUUUGUCGAUGUCUUGUUAGCUGGCUUCGACGACGGCACUAUUCAUCUACGGAUAUUUGACUGCUUCGAUGUUGGCUCGUUUCAUGUUGGGAGCUCUCUUGGAGGCUCUACCGCUAGCAAGAUUCUACUUCACGCUUCUCAUCCCAUUAGCUCUACACAUUCCCUUUUGUUCUCCACGGGAAAUGGUUUGCGUCUUGUCACUCUCGAUCUGCGAUUUAUCACGAAAUCCGGAAGGUACUUAUCGCUCCUCGCAUCGAAAAUCACGCAGUUACAAAAUUUGCUACGGUAUAUCAAGCAAGUCCAGGCACAGAUACAACUCGAGUGGAAAAAUGCUCAGGAUCUUCCGGGGCGGUAUAUCCGGAAUGUAACAGAAGAUUUACAAGACAAGUGCGCGUGCGAUUUUGUGACAGCCGCAUACCACCUACUUGUGACUGGAGACUGCUUCCAACCACUGAAGGAGUUUCUCGUAGACGUCCUUGGCGAUAGGGGCUAUAAACGUUGGGAGAAGGCAGUUACAUCCGGCUACGAGGCACUGAGACGACUGAUCCACGAAUGCCUUUUGCCAGCACUGGAAAGAUGUGGAGUCCUCCUGAGCCGGCUAAUAGGGCUCUCAAAAUUCCACAAGCUCAGCCCGAUUCUCGGGCUGGAAACUACAGACCUUGAGAAAUGCCAAGACACUGUGGACUGCCUUAACCUACUCUCCCAUAAAGUACUCAUACAUAGUAGCCGUGAGCUUCGAGAGUUCGCCGCAUUUGCAAAAUGGUUGAAACAUGAGGUUGACCUGCAGGCUGCCGAUCCGCUAUCUGCGACUUAUGAAGAGCUAACAGAGAGCAGCGAUUCGCUCGACCACGGGCAGAUACUAAGCUACAUCCAAGGAGCAAUGACUCGCAGUGCUCUACAGGAUUUCAUCCAGCCUGUCCCAGCACAGUCGCCUCCUAACCGAUGGGAGCCGACAGGGCAAGACAGCUCGUUUUAUGAAACGUAUAAGAAAUUACUCCAGCAGCAGGAUAAGAGAGGGUCAGAUCAGAUCGAUAUGCCGUUGCUGAGCGAUCUGACUUCUCGUCUUCGACUCCAGAGUGAAAAGGUGUUCACACAGAUUGCGGAGACGCAGCGACGAGGUAUCCUCCACCGGUCGCCGUUGUCUCUUGGGCCUGAUUGUGAUGCGGGAGUUGUAGAUAUGACGAUGAAUUUCGGGCCUUUCGAGGACUCUACGUACCCAUCUGUAUACAUUGCGUCGAAAUCAAAAAGCUCCCCAUGGAUAUUUUAUAUAUAUCGAGUUGUCAUCGAUACAAUCAACGGCGUCAGUUCAACGAAAGCCACGCUCCUCGCUGCAAUCAACUUACAGCGAGGUAAUAUCACAGAGAUAAAAUUCGUCGAAGACGGUACAUUAAUGCUUCUCUUAUCUGACUCGGGAAACACUCACCUCACCAGCUUCCCCUACACCCCCAACUCGAAUGCUAUAUUCCACCCUAAUUACAUCAGAGUAGGCGAAGAUGGUUCUGGGAUUUCCGCUACCCUAGAUUCCGUGGUACCCGCAGAGCAGGUGACGCACCUAGAUAUCGCGAACCCGGAACAACAUGCGGAAUUUGUGCGGCAUACUUUCCUCCAGCAGGAGGGUAUGGAGCCAGCUGAGAUGCAGGUUAAUGGGCGGAAGGGAAGAAGGGCUGUGUGUGUUUUGUACGCUGAUGGGUUAAGGUAUACUGUAUUUGAUAUCGAUAGUUCAGAGGGCAGGGAAGAGGAGGAGGAAGAUGGAGAUGGGGAUGGGGAGAUGGAAGUGGAAGAUUAGGUUAUGAAUAAUCGAGCAUAAACCUUCCGCCUCUCUGUUUGAUUUUUAUCCCCUUUUUAUUUACGAUCCUUUCGUAUCACGACGGGGGGAAGGAAAUUUAUGAGUACGGACGGAGUUACCAGGCAGAGAAGGGUCUAUUUCACCUUAUGUAAUAUCAUGUGGCUAUCAAAUCGAGUCGCCCACAAAUCAAGGUAAUCUAGAUGCCUGUCAAAUCAGAUCAAACGAAUGUAUAGCCCAAACAGAUAAUGACGAUUAACCAGUAUUAUGCUAUCUGAGAAGUAGGGGUUGGUUCUAUCAACAAGAUGUAGUGCAAGGAGAUGAAUCUCUCUAGCUUUCCUCAGAAGAAAUUGCACCAGACUCCACCAGCGGCUGCAUGAGAAAAUCAUCAUAAGCUAGUUCCUCCGCUGUUGGCCUCUCCUCUGGCAUCCAGCGUAAUGCCCUUCGGAGAAAGUUUAGGAAUAGGGUGCGAUCUUCGUUGUUUAGACGCCGCUCGCGUGUUUCAAAGGACUGAUCCCGUAUGGGCACAGAUCCCUUCCAGUGUAAGAAUAAGUGCUCGCAGGCGAUUAUUCAGUGGUUCGCAGCUUGGCAUGAUAUGUACUGAUAGCUACUAGAAGUACGGAGUAUUCAUGAUAGAAAGAUAAAUGUAGAGAUUAAAUGUAUAAAUAGUAUUCAAGCUGAGUUACAACGUGUGACUGUCUGGGACCAGG